GAAAUAUUGGAUGCAAGCCAGGACGUGGUGUCAGAAAGUUUAGUCACGUGACGGUCAAAGUCCACAUAUUUCAGCAUGGCGUCCAUGGUGCACAGGGUUUCUCUCUUGACCAAAAAUUAUGGAACAAGUUUUGGUUUAAGAUGUCUGAGCACAUCAUCUGUCCAGAAUGCAGCAGGAGGAGCACCUGCAGCACAACCAGGUGGAACGAAGAAGACCCUGGGAAAAAAGGGUGUUCGUAAUAUUGUAUUGGUAGAUGGAGUAAGAACACCAUUCUUGAUGUCGGGCACAUCUUAUAAAAACCUUAUGCCUCAUGACCUUGCUCGAACAGCAUUACAAGGUUUGAUCAAGAGAACUGGAAUUUCAAGAGAUUUUGUAGACUAUAUAGUGUAUGGUACAGUUAUACAGGAAGUUAAAACUAGUAAUGUGGCUCGAGAGGCUGCUCUUGGGGCAGGAUUUUCUGACAGAAUACCAGCUCAUACAGUUACACAAGCCUGUAUAUCAUCUAAUCAAGCUAUAACCACAGGUAUUGGAUUGAUAGCAGCCGGACAAUGUGAAUCGGUAGUAGCAGGCGGUGUUGAGUUUAUGUCAGACGUACCUAUCAGACACAGUCGUAAAAUGAGGAAACUCAUGUUAAACAUGAACAAAGCUAAAACAUUACCAGCUAGACUUUCACUUGUCAGUAAAAUGUUCAGUCCAUCUGUCUGGACUCCUGAGUUGCCUGCCGUAGCUGAAUUUUCAACCGGAGAAACCAUGGGCCAUUCAGCUGAUAGAUUAUGCGCUGCUUUUGGAGUCAGCAGACAAGAACAGGAUGAAUUUGCUGUGAGAUCACAUACCUUGGCCGACGAGGCUACAAAAAAAGGUUAUUUAACAGAUAGACUUGAUUAUAUAGUACCAGGUGUUAGUCAACCAGUCACCACAGACAAUGGAAUCCGACCAUCAUCUAUGGAAAAAAUGUCUAAACUUAAAGCUGCAUUUAUCAAACCACAUGGCACCAUUACAGCAGCUAAUGCCUCAUUCCUUACUGAUGGUGCCUCUGCUUGCUUGAUUAUGUCUGAAGAAAAAGCACUUGCCAUGGGAUUCAAACCAAAAGCAUAUCUCCGAGACUUUUUGUAUGUUUCACAAGAUCCAAAAGAUCAGCUUUUACUUGGACCUGCCUAUGCCACUCCAAGAAUUCUAGAAAAAGCCGGAUUAAAACUGAGUGAUAUAAGUGUGUUUGAAUAUCAUGAAGCCUUUGCCGGCCAGAUUUUAGCCAACUUGAAAGCCUUAGAGAGUGAUAGUUUCUGCACCAAACAUAUGGGCAGAACAUCAAAGUUUGGUGCUCCACCAAUGGAUAAAUUUAACCUUUGGGGUGGAUCAUUAUCAUUGGGUCAUCCAUUUGGAGCCACUGGUGUUCGAUUAGUUACAACAGCAGCCAAUCGUUUGAAGGCAGAAGAUGGACAGUUCGCUUUAGUGGCUGCUUGUGCUGCCGGAGGAAUUGGACAUGCUUGUAUAGUUGAGAGAUAUCCAGGAAAUUGAGAAGAUGUAGACGGAAGGUUUACGAGUAAUCAUGACAAAGUGCUGUGUAAGGGGAGAUAAUUUGUAAUCAACACCAAUACAAUAUCAUCGUUACACCAACUAAUUUAUUAUAUCAGAGAUCUUUCUGUUUUCUAUUUUGUUUAUUUAACGAAAAAAAAAAUAAUUGUAUUUUCAUAACUUUCGUGUCUUGUGUCCAUUUUUUAUAAGCUAGCUAAAUUUACCCAUGGAGAAUAUAAGUCUAUAAUCGUCAUAUUUAGAUCAUGCUUCAACUUGGUUGUUGAUUGAGAGUGGUUGGAUUGCUGAAUGGUUAGCAUGUGCAUGGUGUCAUUGAGUCAACUGGUGUGGUUUCGAUUCCCUGGUUAUAUGUGACAACGAGUAGGGUCACCUGUCCAUCCUCGUGGGUUUUCUCCGGGUCCUCCAGUUUCCACCCACUGCUAAAGACCUCUAUGCACAAGCAAAUUACUGAAAUAAAAAUGAACCAUAUGUUAGUCCCGAAAUGACCUAGUUUGUGUUGAGUGGCGGUUAAACUCCAUUUCUCUCUCUAUCUGGUUGUUGAUUGGUUCUGUUGUAAAUUUCAUGGAGAAUAUAUUUUUAAAGGAUUGUAUUUAUAUGUCUAUAAUCAUCGUGGUUAGAUCACAAAUUACUGUGGUGGUUUAUCUCAAUCCAGGAAUUACACGGUGAAUAUAGACUCAUAUUGACCAUGGGGAAGUAGAGUCCAGACAAACCCAGAGAUCGCAUAUUGUGUUAAAUUGUAAGACAGUCAUUCCAACUUUUUUAAGAGAACAAAAGAUUUUUGUUUAUUUAAUUCUGCUAAUAAUAUUGUUUUGAAUGCGAAGCUAAAUCUGUUAUAUUUGUUAGUUUUGUUUCCUGACCGUAUUUCAUGAUUAAAUUAAAACUAUUGUUUUGAAAUAGUUGCUACUUUAGAGAUCUUCUUAGUUUAUGUUUCAUUGAGAUUUUUGAUUCAGACGAUGAUUGAUAUUUAUAUGGGUACAAUAUACGCUCAAUUGUUUAAAUAUAAAUAAGGCCAAAAUAUGAAAAAUACUUGAAUUUACGGUUACCCUACUGACCCUAUUUUUUUAAAAUCAAAAUCACUGACUCUAAACUUUUUUCUCUCAUAUCCUUGGUAUAGGUGUGAAUUUCUCUAGACACUGAAAUAUUGGUAUUAUUUUCAUGAAUCUUACUCAGCAGUUAAGCUAGAAAUUAUAAGAAAUCGAUAAUACCAACCCCACUAAAAAAUUUUUUUAAAAAUUCCGACCAACCGACCCUAAUUUGUUGGGCCAAGUAACCGUAAACACAGGUUUUUUUUUUUUAUCUUGGCCUAAUAUAUAGAUAAUGAUUAAUCAUUUUAAACGAAUGUAUAUCAAUAAUUGAAGUAAUAUAUUGUGUAGAUAUAAUUGAUUGUAUAUAUUAACGCCAUGAGUCUGUGCUGUGUGAAAGGUUGUCUGAUUGGUCUAUACAUGUACCAUAAUAAAUAUUAAUAUAAACAACAAA